UCAAUGGCGAGCCCCAGCACUGGGAUCGAUAAUGGACAUGACGAGGAAGGUGAUAAUUCUGGAUUGAUGAGAGUGUUGAUUGUGGGUGAUGAUGUGCUCGAGUGCAGAGUCCAUGAGACGCUUUUUGGCAAGCUCGAAGUAAAGGAAGAAGUCCAGACUGAAAUGGCCACAGACAAGGAAGACUUGGAUCUUCACCUUUCUGGUUCAUCUUUUGAUAUUAUUCUCAUGGACAUUGAUUCGCCCAUCAUGGAUGGCCUUGAAGUGAUGAAGGAGCUGCGAGCGAAGGGGGUAAAGAGCAUGAUUGUGGGACUGACUUCACAGAAUGCUGAAGCGGACAGGGCAGCUUUCAUGGCGGCAGGUCUGGAUGAAUGCCUUGAGAAGCCAUUGACUGAUGAGAAGAUCAAGUCUCUUGUUGACACCCUGGAGAAGAACAACUAGAGAUGGGAGCAUCAGCUUAUACCCAAAGGAGGAAUAAUGAGUGAUCAUGCGAAAUAUAGA